AAUAGGAUCACCAUGCUCCCACGGGUUUUCCAGCGCACCCGUGUUUCCUUUACGUCCGCAAUUCCGACGCCUCCUCGCAGAGUCGUCGGCUCAUGCCCCCUAGCGGCGUCUUCUCAAAGCGUCAAUCGCGAGGAGGUUAAUACCACAACCAGGAAACCCUACGCCACGUCCGUCUCGAAAGAAGCGACAAGGCAUGCACACGCUCCCGUCGACGACACAGCAACGUCGACAACCUCGGCUGGUGCAGCCGGCGUGUCAGGUGUCUGCGAUGACCCCGGCAAAAGCAAUUCACAGCUAAGUUCCGAUUCGUUCCCGGAGGAUAUAGUGGCACAUUUGGAUAAGUAUGUCAUCGGGCAAGAGGAGGCCAAAAAAGCCACGGCCAUCGCUAUGCGCAUGCGUUGGCGUCGAAACCAGCUCCCGGAAGAUUUGCGGGCGGAAGUGACGCCCUCAAAUAUUUUAAUGAAAGGACCCACCGGGACGGGCAAGACCGAGAUUGCCAGGCGUCUGAGUGCACUGGCCGAAGCCCCAUUCAUUAAAGUGGAAGCCACGCGAUACACGGAAGUGGGUUUCGUGGGCGCCAACACCAGCGACAUGAUCAAGGGACUCCUGGACAACGCCGUGCGCCUAGAGCGGGAGCUGGAGAAGAAGAAUGUGGCGGCGGAGGCCCACGCCAAGGCCGAGACUAAGGUCCUCGACCUCCUCAAGCUAGGAAAUCCCAAGGGUUUGAGUUCCGAGCAACAACAAGACUUAAGGAGCCGUUUGCGUGGAGGCGAGUUCGACCAUUACACCGUCCGCGUCCCCCCCCGAGAACCCCGGUCGCCCUCCUCCCCUUCCUCUCUCCACCCCCUCUCCGACUUGUUGGACGGCUUGGACCUGGGGAACAUCAAUAUGGGCCAAGGA